AUGACGAAGAUUAUAUUUAUAUUUUGUUCUUUAAUACCUUUCAUAUUUGCUCAGUGCACUAUUGAAAAUGUGGAACCCUUCUUCUCCAGAUCAGUAUACGACUUCUCCAUAGACUUGUUGAGAAGAAUCGCGCAAAAGACGGACUAUCAUUUCGUGGCAGCAACUCUCUCACCUUGGACACUACUUGCCUAUACUUCCCUCGGGGCUGCCAACAACUCUUUAGAAGAACUCAACACUAUUUUAAAAUCGCAUCCACACAAAUGUUUCAAUAACGAAUUCUUCGAAAUAACGAAAAGCGUUUACAUACCGUCUGCCAAUACAACGCUAGAAGGAACUUCAGCUACGUUCGUCGAUGAAAAAAUACCGGUAAAAGAGGUCUUCCAAAAUAAAAUUAAAAGGGUAGGCGUAAGUGAAGUAAAACUAGUAUCGUUUGAUAAUUAUGAUUACGUUGCAGCUUAUAUAAAUAAUUAUAUAAAAACGGCAACGAACGCAGCUAUCGACGAAAUAGUACUCGCAAGUGAUUUGAAAAAUGUGGCUCUAAUGAUUAUAGAUGCUUUACGAUUUAAGAGUACGUGGAAAAUUCCUUUCCCCAUCGGUAAGACGAUAGAGAAAUCAUUUUAUGACGAUAUGAACAACAAAUUAGGUGAUGUAAACCUUAUGUGUUUAAAAGAUAACUUCAAUUUCAAAUUCAUGGAUGAAAUAAACGCCACAAUUGUUGACCUGCCCUACAGUGACGACAGAUUUUCAAUGGUACUAUUCUUGCCUAAUGAAGGCACCAAACUGAGCAACGUCAUAUAUUCUCUAAAAGAAAUCAGUCUAAAAUCAAUAUUCUCUUUUUUUAAAGAACAAAAACCUAAAGAAAUAAUUGUAAGGUUACCUCGAUUCAAGAUUUCAUCAGACCUAAAUAAUCUAAAAGAACUUUUCAUUGAUAUGGGAUUGAAAACAAUAUUUGACAGUAACCAAGCCCAGUUCCCGGAUACAUCAGACCAUCCUUUAUAUAUUUCUAAUCUUACUCAGAAAGCUGACAUAGAAGUGACAGAAGAGGGCAUGGUAGCAAAUGCAGUAUCGAAAGCAGAAUUUUCGUCUAUGAGUCUCCACACACACACUCUUCCGUUUAUUGUGACUGCGUACAGGCCAUUCUUCUUUAUGAUUGUGGAUAAAAAAACUGUAAUACCAGUCUUCGCUGGCGCUUACUCCAAACCAAGCAAGUACUAA